CGUCCACUUCAUUUUCAGUCGCUGACGAGGUAGUGCCUCUAUAAACUGGCCGAACGGUUGCCGGAAUUCGACGGACAUCGAAUAAACGGAUUUCGCAACCGCGCCGAGAGCGACGUGGCUUCAGUCGGACCACGCUGGGUGGUUCGAGGCCGAAGUUGCCGAAGUUGCCGGAAUUUGGACAAACUCGGAGAUGAUCACCGCUCAGCUGAACCCGGCCUCCUCGAUCCCGGCUUUUUACGCCGGGAAGAGCAUCUUCAUAACCGGGGCCACGGGGUUCAUGGGAAAAGUUCUUAUCGAGAAGCUGCUCAGGUCGUGUCCGGACAUCCGAGAGAUAUUUCUGCUGAUGCGCCAGAAGAAAGGACAGUCGAUAGACGACAGGAUAAGGAGGAUCGUAGCGCUUCCGCUUUUCGACAAAUUGCGAGAACAAAAGCCCUCGUCUUUCGAAAAGCUCAUCCCGGUGACCGGAGAUGUCUCCGAAGAAGGCCUCGGUUUACCUGCCGUGGAAAGACGAGUUUUAAUCGAGAGAGUGUCCAUAAUAUUCCACGUGGCCGCCAGCGUCAGAUUCGACGACAGCCUGAAGGACGCCAUUUUUCUCAACACGAGAUCGACGAGAGAUGUCUGCAUUCUGGCAGCAAGCAUGAAGCAUCUAGAGACGCUCGUACACGUUAGCACGACCUACAGUCACACGGACAAGCCCGUCGUGAAGGAGGAAUUGUAUCCCGCGGAUGUCGAUUGGAAGAAAACCAUAAAAGUUGCGGAAAACCUGGACGAUCACGUCCUGAGGAUCCUGACAUCGAAGUAUUUAGGAGGAAUGCCUAACACGUACACCUUCACAAAGAGACUAGCGGAAUUUGUCGUGGCCGAUUACGCCGGGAUUCUGCCGAUAGUUGUCUUCAGGCCAUCCAUAGUGAUAUCCUCGCUGGAGGAACCGAUACCUGGAUGGCUGGAUAAUUUCAACGGUCCCGUGGGACUCAUGAUCGGAGGUGGGAAAGGCAUUCUGAGGACAGUUUUCCUAGAACCGAACGUCUCUUCGGAUUUCAUCCCCGUGGAUGUGGCGAUUAAGGCGAUGAUCACUGUCGCCUGGAAGCGGGGCUGCACAACGAUCACUCAGGAUCCUAGAAUUCAGGUUUUCAAUUGCUCGGCCUGCGACAUCAAGAGCAUCUCGAUGAAGGAACUGAUCGACAUGGCGUUCUCCCUGACCGCCAAGAUUCCCCUCGAAGGAGUUCUCUGGGCUCCUCACACCAAACUCACGGCUAGUAAAACCCUUUAUUAUUUCCUCGUGAUUCUCCUGCACCUGUUGCCAGCGUUGCUGAUCGACGGGCUCUUGAAGAUCACCGGUCGGAAGUCAAUGCUCCUCAAGAUUCACAGGAAAGUCUACAUAGCCAACAGCGCUCUGGAAUACUUCACCAAGAACCAGUGGCAGUUUAAAAACGAUAAUUUACUGAAACUUCUAGACGACGUGUCACCAGCGGACAAAUCGAAAUUUAGCUACGAUUAUUACUCCUUCGACAUAUGCGAGUAUUUCACGAAUUGUUUGCUCGGUGCCAAGAAGUACCUUCUGAAGGAAGACAUCGGCAACCUGAAGGAGGCCAAGGCGCACUACGACAAGAUGUGGUGGCUGGACAAGGUGGUGAAGACUUGGCUCGGCCUACUUCUCACGUGGAUCAUCGCGAAAUCCGGCCUGCUCUUCCAGAUUAUCGGCGCCGUCUGCUCGUUCCUCGACGGAUCGAUGUCGAGCGACCGAUAGGAGCCCCCUGCAAUUUGUUUGCCGUUCGUCUGCACCGCCGUCUCAUCGCUAUCGCUUAUCCGGUGAUAAACGUGCACUUCGGUCCUCCGCGAUUUAUCCACGGUCGGCAUGGUUGAGCAACCGUUGCGUUUUUGCGCCAGUGACCGAGAAAGGGUUCACUUUAAACGUUAAUAAACUGUCAAGACAAUACCGGAAGAUAGGGAAACCUUUUGACCGGUACACCUUACCGGAGGGAUGGUCUGGUUUGAUUAAACGAACUCAGUCGUCGUAACCGGUAUAGUUGUAUUAAUAUUUCACGCGAAACCCUAUCGAGUUUCCCGACCAGCUGGAUCUUUCUUCGAACUCGAGCGACCAAAUUAUCUGUUGCUCGAUUGGAUCGAUACCCGUUUCAUUAUUAGAUGGAAAUUAAUCUCGUUGCCGAAAUAAAGGUUGACCGUCUUGACGCUUUCUUUAA